AUGGAGACGGUGAGAAAAUUCAUGGCAGUCAAUGUGUUGGUAAUUUUGGCAGUGGGACUAAUGCUUACUGGGAAGUCGAGCGCGGACCCCACUGGUUGCUUGGCAUGCCUCGGCCUGUGCAUCCUCGAUCCCUCAAAUAUUUUUCCGGACGACCUCGACUACUGCAAGCUCGGCUGCGCUCUUUCUAUGUGCUCCAAUUUCAGCAAAAGAAAUGAUUCCAGUCAGUCAAAUUUCUCUUUCUCGCUCGAAUUCCUAUCCAUGUCGCCCGCCACCACCAACACGGUCGCCCGCCGUUGGCCCUGCCACCGUCACCUGCCGCGACGCCCGCCGCUGGACACGCCACCGUCAUCGGCCCCGACGCCUGAUGCGCCUCAAACUUCCAUCGCCGUUCGCCGCGCGACAAACCGGAUUUCGGAGACUUCGAGAGCGCCACCGUCGAGUUAUCUGUCACCAUCCCUGACGCCCACCGCACUUCAGCCCACCCCUGUCGCUCGCCGCGCCACAGAAGACGUCGAGAACCGCAUGAAGAUAAUCUCCGGCGACUGUGAUGAUUUAGAGAACGGGACUUCGAGAACGCUGCCGUCCGAAUGA